UCGGCUCUGCGCUUCAUCCUCUUCUCCUGGCAGGAGAUCAUAUAUCUGCGAAAGGGAAUCGAUUGAUUGAAUUUGGCGAAACCCUAAUAAGUGUGAUGCUACAUGGAGCAUCUAAGUCUAAAUCCUAAUCAUUAAAUUCAAUUCCUGCAAUUGGGCCGGGGAUGGAGAGGGAGGAUAACAACCGGAACCGGAGUAGCCGAUUCCCGCCGGCGAGCAGAACCUACCUUGACGAAGAUCAGAAAUUGAAGCUUUGGGGGUUACUGAUCUUCGGUGCUAUUGCCACCGCCGCCACCACUUUCGCGGUCUUGCAGCUGCGGCGAACCAUUGAUUCAAUCUGUGCUCAGUUGGGCAGAUCACAAUCGCAGUCACAGUCAUCGAGAAGAUCUUUCAGGUCAGCAUUUCAUGAGGAUGCAUGGAGGAAAUAUAACAGCCACCUGCGAGAGGAGUAUGAAGAACAAAUGGAGAGAGUGGAGCGUAUCAGACGCAUGCAGCGUAUAUUUAACAGAGAGAGGAACAAACACCGAAGGAGCUACGAGCGGUGGAGAGAAUAUGGCGCUGGGGCGCAUCAGCAGCAGUAUGAUUGGUAUUGGAAUGCUGAAACAUACUUCAGAGAUGAAUAUACUCAGUACAGGACAGCUCCAAGGGAGAACUCAACUUGUUCGUUAUCGCACCAUUACUCAGUUUUAGGUCUUGACAGGUCAAGAAAGACGCCAUAUACAGAAGCCGAGAUAAAGACAGCAUUUAGGGCAAAGGCAAAGGAAUUCCACCCAGAUCAGAAUCAAGAUAAUAAAGAGGCAGCUGAGGCAAAGUUCAAAGAGGUAAUGACGUCAUACGAGGCUAUCAAGCAAGAAAGGAAGAACAUGCAAGCCUUCUGCUGAGGGUACCAAUCACCAUGUCCACGGGGAAUUGGCUGAGCAUACACCGCGGGGCUACUUCUGGACCAAGAAAGUUAAGAUGCUCGCAAAUUUAAACUUGUUUGGAAGAAUGAUGAGACUCACAGAGUAGGGAGCAGUUUAAACCUCUGCCCAUUUCACCCAGAAAAUUUGUCGAAGGCAAACAAAUAUGACCCGGGGCGGAGGGCAAACUUGAUUCAAUAAGGAUUAAGGGAUCUUCUGCCCUGAGAGACGGUGGCUCAGGCUUAGAGUUUUUUUUUUUUUUUUUUAGUACUUCUUUGGUAAAACUUGAAAGUGAUAUCGUUUCUUCUUUUGAUAAUCUGAAAGAAGCAAUCCUGAUUUCUGUUAUCAUUACAUUGAGAUUUAAAGUACGAUGCUCGGUGUAAUUGUAUAUUCUUUGCAGCUUGAACUUGUUAUGGAAUUAUUAAGCUUAGCAAUUGUCCC